UCACGACACCGUACGAAAUGUGAGGUUACCUCCAGUUACCUCGCACCGGAAACAAUCAGAAGCCUCUAAUCAUCGGCAUGUAACGCGAGUUGCGGAUGAUACCUACACAUGAUAAGUGAAAUAUAUUUUUUUCUCGCAUAAUCAACAGUGCAUUGUUUCGGAGACAGUGUAAACAUAUAACUCUUCAAAAAUGAACGGAAUCAUUCCUGAGAUGGAACAAAUUAUUAGCCAGCUCGAAAGAGGUACUGUAGUGACCAAGUUCUUCUCGAGAAAGCGGCCAGAAAAGAAAACACUUAUGAUAAGGAGAGAAACUAGACAGAUCGUUUGGUCAAGAAGUGCAACAUUCAGACCUUUCGAUGGUUCAGUGGAAAUAAGAGAGAUAAAAGAAGUCAAAGUAGGGAAACAAUCUAAAGACUUUGAAAAAUGGCCUGAAGAUGCUAAGAGAAUGGAGAAUUUAAGGUGCUUCGUUGUAUAUUAUGGAUCAGAAUUUAAAUUAAAAACUCUUUCUAUAUCUGCUCUUAGUGAAAAAGAAUGUGAGCUGUGGGUUAAGGGUCUACGCCACUUGGUGCAAGACACUAUAAAUGCGCCGUAUCCUUUACAAGUUGAAAGAUGGCUUAGAAAAGAAUUUUAUGCGAUGGAAAGUUCUCGUGAAACAGUCACAUUGAAGGAUGUGAAAGCGUUUCUGCCUAGAGUUAAUUGCAAAAUCGCUACGAACAGACUCAGGGAAUUGUUUCAAGAGGUAGACACACGAAACCGGAAUGAGCUUGGGUUUGACGAUUUUGUUAUCCUAUAUCAUAAACUGAUGUUUGAUCAGAACAAUCUUGGAGACUGGCAUAAACUGUCGAAUUAUUCCAAAACCGGGCAAACCGUUACACUCCAGGAAUUCCAGAACUUUUUACUGACCGAACAGCAAGAUAGUUUGGGCAAUAAUGAAUCAGAGAUAUCGCGUUUUAUCAGGGAAUAUUUGCAAGAUUCUCAGAGGGAUAUACAAGAACCGUACUUUACUUUCUCAGAAUUUAUAGAUUUCUUGUUCUCCAAGCAAAACGAUGUCUGGAAUCAAAAAUUUAAUCAGGUUUCUCAAGACAUGACACGACCCCUCUCCCACUAUUGGAUAGCAUCGUCACAUAAUACGUACUUGAUGGGAGACCAGAUUAGCAGUGAGAGUAGCUGCCAGGCGUACGUGCGCGCACUGAGAGCAGGCUGCAGAUGUAUAGAGCUCGAUUGUUGGGACGGUCCAGACGGAAUGCCAUUUAUAUUCCAUGGGCAUACUCUCACGACGAAAAUCAAAUUUUUAGACGUCAUUAAAACUAUCAAAGAAUAUGCAUUUGCAACGUCCGAGUAUCCUGUUAUUUUAUCUAUCGAGGAUAACUGCACUCUGCCGCAACAACGUAAAAUGGCAACCACCAUGCAAGAGGUAUUCGGCGACAUGCUGUUGGUCCAACCGGUUGACAAGAAUGAGACCUGCCUACCGUCUCCGUACGCGUUGCGUAGAAAAAUUUUGCUGAAACACAAGAAGCUACCCGACGGCGUCGACGAGUCCUCGUUCCUCGUUCGGAAUGACGAGAGCAGGCAGGAGAUGGAUCUCAGGAACACCGUGAAAAAUGGAAUUCUUUACUUGGAGGAUCCCAUCGACAGAGAAUGGAAUCCUCAUUUCUUCGUGCUGACGCAGCAAAAAUUAUUUUACACCGGUACAUUUUCAAGAGCGCAAGAAACUGAGCACGACGACGACGAGGAGAGCGGCAUCGGGAGAUCGUCAGACAACGCGCCGAACGACGAAUUGCACUACGGAGAGAAAUGGUUCCACGGGAAAUUAGCAAGGGGCAGGGAGGAGGCUGAGGAGCUGCUGCAACACUAUUCCUAUCUUGGGGACGGUACUUUCCUCGUGCGAGAAUGUGUUACGUUUGUGGGUGAUUAUUGUUUGUCAUUCUGGCGUAAAGGAAAGGUGAACCAUUGUCGCAUUAAACUGAAACAAGAAAUGGGUCAGACGCAGUAUUAUCUUAUUGAUACCACUUGUUUUGACAGUUUGUACAGUCUAAUCACCCACUAUCGCAGUCACCCACUUAGAAGCCAAGAAUUUUUGAUUACUCUGCAAGAGCCGGUGCCUCAGCCAAACAAGCACGAAGAGAAAGAAUGGUGGCAUCCUGAAUGCACUCGAAUUGUCGCAGAAGAGAUGCUAAAGCGUAUACCCACCGAUGGCGCAUUCUUAGUGAGACCUAGCGAAAGGGAGAGCAAUUGCUACGCAAUUUCGUUUAGAGCGGAGAAGAAAAUAAAGCACUGUAAAAUAAAGCUCGAGGGGCGGCUUUACACCACUGGAUCCGUCCAGUUUGAGAGCCUGGUCGAAUUAGUCAGCUAUUACGAACGUCAUCCACUGUACAAAAAGAUCAAAUUGAGCUAUCCUGUUAACCAGGAUGUCAUUAGGCGAAUGGGGCUGGAUAAUGACGACGAAACUGUAUAUGGUAUCCCGGGAUACAUGGAUCCCACUAGCUUCACAUCAAAAGUCACAGUUAAGGCUAUUUACGACUAUAAAGCUAGAAGAGACGACGAGCUGACGCUAGUCAAGCAUGCUAUAAUUACUAAUGUCAAUCCGCAGAGUGGAGGAUGGUGGAGAGGUGAUUACGGUGGCAAGAAACAGCACUGGUUUCCUGCUAAUUACGUGGAACAAAUUGACCAACAGGAGAAUCAAGGAGAUUCAGCGGAUUCUAUGAUGCUCGGUAGCCUGCAGAAAGGUUCACUAGAUAUCAUGGGUGCUGUGGUGGAAUUGACGGUCGGGGAAAGGUCGGGUUUAGAGUGGAUUUUAAGGAUACAGAAUCCUAGUAUGUGUUCAGUCUUCGAGGUCGGCACCCCCUCGAAAGAUAUUGCGUCGGAGUGGAUGAUCAGUAUCAAAGAGACUGCACAAAAUGCCAGCGUUAGAGAAAGCCAGCACAAGGAAAUGGAGAGAGCGUGGAGAAUAGCCAAGGAAAUGUCGAAUCUUAUAGUAUACUGCAGAUCGGUCGCGUUUAACAUCGAGCGAAUAAGAACGAAAGGAUUCACGUUUAACGAGAUGAGCAGCUUCCCAGAAACGAAGGCUGAGAAGCUAAUGUGUCAGCAGGAGAACAAAUUUUUCAUAAAGUAUCAUCAGGUGCAGUUCAGUAGAGUUUAUCCGAAGGGACAACGCAUCGAUUCGUCGAACUACAAUCCCGUACCGAUGUGGAAUUCCGGUUGCCAGAUGGUAGCUUUGAACUAUCAGACUGGCGAUAAAUCGAUGCAAUUGAACCAAGCGAAAUUUCGCGAGAACGGCACUUGCGGUUAUCUGCUGAAGCCGGAAUUCAUGUUCAACCACGAGUUCAAUCCGUACGACAAAAGUACGCUGUACGGAUUUGAAUCGCUCAAGAUUAGCUUGAAAAUUAUCGGGGCGAGGCAUUUAAUGAGAUCGGGGAGAGGCACUGCCAGUCCAUCCGUCGAAGUCGAGAUUCUGGGUGCGGAUUUUGACUCGGGAACGAAAUUAACAACGAAGACCAUACCGGACAAUGGAUUUAAUCCGAUGUGGAACGAAACGUGUGAAUUUGAGAUAUUCAAUCCGUAUUUCGCUCUCAUACGGUUUUUAGUGUUAGACGAAGAUAUGUUUGGUGAUAGUAAUUUCAUAGGACAAGCUACUUAUCCAGUACGUUGUUUAAGAACAGGAUACAGAAGUGUUCCACUGAAGAAUGUGUAUAGCGAAGAUCUUGAGCUUGCUUCCUUGCUAGUGCAUAUUACUUCAUCGACACAUGUUUACGCGUAAAAUAUAUAUACAUAUAUAUCAGUGGAGGAUCAAGUCUGCGUUCGAGUAUUUUACGUACAGGCUAGCGAAACUACCAAAUUAAUGCGUAAGUACCUUACACAAAUAACUCAAUAACUUUUUUAUUCCUCUAUAUUAAUAGAUCUACGUGUUCCAGACAAUAAAGAAAUUAACAUCACAGUCGGCAUCACGACGGCGUAGAAAUUAUGUAUAUUAAGGCAAACAUAUCGUUGGAAGACUGUAUAUUCAUGUUGAACUUUGACAAGAUAGGGUAUGCGCUAUUGCAAAAAUUUAUUGGAGACGUUUCUCUACAUGAUCGGAGAUGAAAAAUUAAACGAUUAAAUAUUCUGAUAUAUUCUCUUAUCGAAAGCAUAGAUAGUACGUAAAAAGAAUAGCGAGAUAGAAAAAGAAGAAGCUAAAACCUUACCCAACUCGAAAGGCUCUAAUGGGAACUAGACAAUAUACGCACACGUGAUUUAGAGUAAAUAGGUUUUCUCGAUUUUAUCCAUAUUACUGGCUCCGAGAACUCUCUUACAAGUUCAUUUUACUUCGUUUUAUAUGCGACUUUGAAUAAUUUAUAUUAUACAAUUACGAUGACAUCGAUUUGUUAGUCUUCUAUAGAAUUACAUAUCAUGUAACGACUGAACAAUCUUCCUUCUUGUUUAGGAAUUAGUUUAUCGAGGAUUUCACCGUGUAUUUUAUAUUUAUGAUGUUAAUAUAUGUACAUGUCUAGCUGUGCUUUUAAUUAAUUAAUCGAAGGGAUAGCUGUUUCGCGUAACGAGAGAAGAGUUGUGAAUCAAAAGGGGGAAAAAACGGUGAUGAAAUGCCGAAGGAUUAGCGUCACACUGUAUACUAUGUCUGCUUCCAUGUUGGAUUCUGUAGAUGUUGAUAUUAUAGUGUGCAAUAAUAGUAGACAACGUGACAUAUCGUAUGCUUGCCUACGACGUUCUAUGGCUGUUGACACAAAAAUUAUAAAAAGAUAUCAAAUCUAAAACAUGUCAAUUUGCGUAACUGACGUACGACUAGUAGAAUGCGUCUCGCAGAGUCUCGUUACAGCUAGAUAGAAUAGGGACGAUGCUUUUAUUCUCUCUAGUCUAAAGUGCAUAAUAAGUACGUAUCGUUGACGACAAAAA